AUGGAUCCUCCUAGCCAAAAACAAUCUCGCAAGGCUCCUUCAGAGUCAGAGAAUGGUCCUCCUCGUAAAAGACGCAAGAGGACCGUCAUCAGCGGUGCACCCGAUGACUGUUUUACAUGUGCCCGACAAGGCACCAAGUGCGACCGGCGGCGACCAUAUUGCUCUCAAUGUCUCGAUCAGGGACGAGAAUGUGCGGGAUAUAAGACCACAUUGACCUGGGGAGUCGGUGUUGCUAGUCGGGGAAAGUUUCGGGGACUGUCGCUUCCGGUGACUGGUUCUCAGCCAGCAACAAAUGCGCCAAAAUCUUCUCAUCCGGCCGGAUCUCGGAGACAAUCCAACCCUGCGCGACCUACCCUGUCACCUUCCCCGGAUACAUCAUCCCCGAUCGCUACCCCAACACCGUCUUCACUACAACGGGACCAGAAGCAAUGGCCAUCGCUGACGGGGAAUGCCAUUGGUGAUAAAACUAGGACCAUCAGCCCGUCCGCUGCGCAUGCUUGGCCCAACGCAUCCGGACCCUGUUCAUCAGAGAGCCAGUCAUGGACACAAGUGCCGGACCACCAGGUGGGAGCACCACCCGAUAUAAUCGGCGCCCUGAACCUCUCAGCAGUAAUGGCGAGACAGAUUCAGCCCGCAGAAGUGGCGCUGCAAUGUCCCUCGGCGGCUUAUUCUCCAGAGCACCAGGGGGCAAGAGAAGAGCAUGACGACCAUGAGGAUCAUGGGGAGCAAAGAAGGUGUGAUAGCCCAUCGUGGGUGAAGGCCUGCCCCUCACUCUCAUUUUCACAACUUCUUCUGGCACGCUCCGUGGGGCGAACACCGCGGCUGCAAUAUCUGAUCAGCUACUAUGCUGAAGUCAUUGCGCCGAUGAUUGUCGCUUUCGACAGGCCAACCAAUCCGUUCCGCAUGCAUAUCUUGCGGCUAGCGCAGGAAAGCACGUCCCUCCAGGAAGCUAUUGCUACUUUGUCGACCAGUAAUAUACGGCAGAGACGAGAGCGUAGGAUGAUGUCGACCGAAAGGACCCUCCCUGCACGCAUGUCGUCUUUGGCGCACCGGGCCUUGACCGAUGGUGCAUUAGGGGAUUCCUACGGUAUUUCAACUCCCGCUGGAUUCGUACAGGAGGAGCAAUACCAUCGGUGUAUGGCGGUCAAGGAAUUGAAUAAGGAACUGGCCGAUCCACACCAGAGACUCUCUGAUUCGGUUCUAGCCACCUUGUUGAUCCUCUGCUUGUUUCAUGUCUGUGAUACGGGGGUUGCUCAGUUCAAGACUCAGUUUGCCGGUGUGACGAAAUUGCUAGCCAUUCGUAUGCGCGCUUCACCUCUAAUGUCGGAAGAGCUAAAAUGGUUCAUUCGAAUGUUCACGUGGUACGAUACAAUGACGGCUACUACCAAUGAUCGUGAGGUGCAGCUUCGUGGUACUUGUUUAGAUAUUACUACCGUCUCUGAUGGCGAAUGGGGUCUCGAGAACCUCGCAGGCUGUGACCCAGGACUUUUCAAGUUAAUCGCGCAGCUAGGUCGCUUGAAUAUGCUGAGCCAGGACCAAGAGGCUCAUGCCCCUGCAUUGCCGGAUAUAUUUGCCUCUUCGACGACGCUUCCCCCGUCGAUGGUCUACCAUCCCUCGGAUCCAUCUGUUUUGAGCACGUGCAGGGCAACAGAGCCGUAUCUGUUUCCAUUCCCGUGUCCAAUAAGGACGAACGAACAUACGCGACGACCUUUGUCCCCAACAUUCUGGGCCGAAUGGUUUUCUUAUCGACAGAAACUGGAAUCGUGGCGCCUUCCCUCAUACUGCGGUGGAUCUCACGGCCCCUUUGAAUCCAGUAUUCAAUGCACCCCUACCAUGACACAGGCUUAUAUGUCACCACCUUCGUCGCCAUGUGCCAAUUCUGCCGUGGCGCCUGAAAACAUGGAGGAUGUUUAUCACACGUCCGAGGCAUUCCGGCAUGCCGCGAUCCUUUAUACGGAGCGACUGGCCUACCCUGACGUAGCGUCACAUACUCCGCGUAUCCAGCAUAUCGUGCAUCGCACGAUGCAGCAUAUUUUGGCGGUCAAAUCGGACGUAUAUCUUCUGUGGCCGCUCUUUAUCAUCGGAUCCGAAUGUGUACUUAAAAGCCACCGUACCGUGAUCCAACAGCGCUGUAGAGAUAUCGCCAAGGACUCAGGAUUCUUAAACAAUCUCUCCUGUUUAGAGCUCUUGGAAAAAAUAUGGGCUGACAGCCCUGUGCUGUCUGAGACCGGAGACCACAGCACCUCCACUGGCCCAUUAGGGUCUGUACUGUCAGCUCCUACUACAAGCGAACUGAGGCCGGUUCCCGUGGAACCCGGUUUCCGAUGGCACCGGGUGAUGCAGGCCAGACAGGCCGAUGGGGAAUAUAUGGUAGUAUAA